AUGAUGGUCCCGGAGUGCCUCCCGCGGGGAGCGUCCAUCACCUACAAGAGCGCCACGACGACGCCGCCGCCGCCCACGGUCUACCGCCUCAGUCUCAAGCCCGCGUCGCCCUCGACUGCCUCCAUGUCCACGUCUCCCACCGCCACGGCCGUUGUCUACGUGCAGAGCCGCUGGCCCGCGAACAGCUCCAGCUCUCGAGCACUUGUCGCCAAUGACUCGCGUCAUCGCCAUCCUGCCCGUCGCCACAAGAGCUACUCCGAGUCAGCGCUGCGUCUCGAGCGCAUGCUGAUGCCUGCCAUAGCUGCUUCUUCGUCCAGCAGCGCCCUCCGCACGCGUCCGUACUCGGCCGGUGACGAGCUGGAUCUCGUCCGGACGUUGACCAUCUCGGGGUACUCGAAGAACAGUCACGGCACGUGGAUGUUCAAGGUGGACGUGGGCGGACCAAGUGACAGCAACGCCUACGUCGUCCGUCGUCGGUUCACGGACUUUAAGCUGCUCCACGAGGGCCUCUCGGUGCUCUCGAAGCUGCCGAAACUGCCGCCGCAUGGCCUUGUGUCUAUGUUCCAGAUGGUUGUGGCGCCGGAUAAGCUGUUGACGGCACGCGCUGCGCAGCUGGAGGAGCUGCUGCUCGUGAUCCGAGCACACCCGACGCUGUCCAAGAGCGCAGUGUUCAGUUCGUUCAUUGGCAAGAACCCGAGCAGCUACGACGCGGGGUACGUGAGCUUGUCGGGCUACGAAGUCCCUGCGAGUCAGCGCAUGCGCGCGGGAGAAUCCUUUGACACGAGUUACUCGGUGUGA